CGAGAGCGAGCGGGCGGCUGGCGGACGGACGGUGAGGACCGAGCACGGGCGGACGACGGUUAUUCCUAGUGUGGCCCAAGGCGUGACGGUGGUUAUUUGCAGUGCAGUCAAAGGCGGCGAACGGACAGUGGCCAUUCCCAGUGCGGCUGUGACUCGGCAAAGUUCCGUCGACAAUCGGUAAUGUCUCCUCUACUAUUGCAGACUAACGAGGGAGUUGUGAAAACGUGUGCAAUGUUCAAAGCUGUUCUGAAGAAAAGUCGUGAAGGUGGAAGAGGGAGCAAGAAAGAGAUUGAUGUGUACAAAAUGGAGCAACAGAGAGCGAAACCACAACCCUCAAUUGAUGGUGUACAACAGCGGCAGAAGAAAGGAGACUUUUAUACUGAUCGUUCUGGGCAAGUUGGGAUGUCAGAUGAUGCUUCUGGCCAGUUUUCCAUUCAAGAGGAUACGUGCAAAAUGAACAUGUCUAAAGGAGUGUCCAUGUCACUUCCAUCCUCACCACUGUUGCCACGCCAGUCGCUAAGUAUGCAUGCAUGGACAGGCAAAAGGUCUCCAGGCCCAAUCCGGAAGCUGAAGUAUGUGGAAAGCCCUAAAGUUCCAGAAGAUGACGUAAUGACCUCCGCUUUGGUCAAGUUGGCACAGAAAACAGAUGUUUCCCAGUUAGCACAAAAUGAGCCACAGAAGAGUACUGAACAUAGCUCCUCUCCUACUGCUCAGGAACUGAUGACUAGAUUGGGCUUUCUGUUAGGAGAAGGGAUUCCAAGCUCAACUCGUUUAGCUAUGGAAGAAAAGAAUGAAAAAAUGUUUUCAGUUAAUGUUCAGGGAGUCAGUCCAUGUUCAACACUGACGAGCAGUACUGCAUCUCCAGGCACUGACAGUCCAUGCUCAACCCUGAAUAGCUGCAUCAAUAAACCACCACAAAAAAAAUCUAGUCCCUGUGGAACUAUCACCAGCUUAAGUUCCACACUGGAAAGCAAAGACAGUGGCAUUAUAGCUACAGCUUCAUCUGAAAAUGAAGAUAAAAGUGGUUCAAGUCUAGAAUGGACCAAAGACGGUAUGCCACGUGGUAUCAUGAAGAAUUUGAGACUAGAGAGUGGCUUGCCUGUAGCAGAGGAAGAACCACAUGGUUCUGCCACCACUCUUUCAAAAUCUGAAGCUACUUCUGAUGGACCUACUGCUUAUGUGCACCAAUCUGUGCCAUCGUUCUUGAUGCCACGACCUAAUUCAGUUGCAGCCACGAGUUCAACAAAGCUGGAAGACUUGAAUUACCUGGAUGAAAGGAAUGCACCAUUGCGUACCUCUUUUAGGAUGCCUUGGCAUAACACAGCUGGAGGAAGAGUACAACAAAAUGUAAAAGUGCGAUUUUCUCCAUACAAGCCAGCUGAUAUUAUAUUAAAACCAUUAUUGUUUGAGGUGCCAAGCAUUACUACAGAUUCAAUAUUUAUUGGUCGGGAUUGGCUGUUCCAGAAGAUAGAUGAGAACUUACACAAUGGAGAAACUCCAGAGAAUAAAGGAGCAGUAAUUAUUGGAAAUGUUGGUUUUGGGAAAACAGCCAUAAUUUCAAGACUGGUGGCGCUGAGCUGUCAUGGAGGUCGGAUGAGACAAAUUGCAUCAAAUUGUUCCGGUGUAAUCUCAAAGAAUAUGGACCUACCCCAGGAACUUCCAUUGAGCCAACUGUCCCAAAUGUCUUCACCCUUCCAUAGUAGCAACGUACCGAGCAAUGAGAGUGUUCCUAGAAUGCCUGCGUUACAAAAACGAAGGGAAGAAGCUUUGAAGAGACUUGCAGCACAGGUUGUUGCCUAUCACUACUGCCAGGCUGAUAACACUUACACUUGCCUCGUACCAGAAUUUGUCCACAGUGUAGCAGCUUUGCUCUGUCGUGCACCUCAGCUAGCUGCCUUCAGGGAUUUACUGCUGAAGGAAUCACACAUACAGAGCGUCCUCAGUCUGCGAUCUUGUGUCCAGGAUCCGAUGGCUGCAUUUAAGAGAGGUAUUUUGGAGCCUCUUGCAAAUCUGGUAAAAGAAAAGAAGAUCCCUGCAGAUGAUUAUAUUAUUUUAGUGGAUGGCUUAAAUGAGGCUGAGUUCCAUAAGCCUGAUUAUGGUGAUACAAUUGCAUCCUUUCUAGCUAAAAUAAUUUCCAUGUUUCCAUCUUGGCUAAAGUUGGUUGUUACAGUUCGAACCAAUCUGCAGGAGAUCACAAAUCUACUUCCAUUUGUCAAAAUUUCUCUGGAUGAUUUUCCAGAGAAUGAAGAUAUUAAUGGGGACCUGAAUGCAUACAUCCAUCACAGAAUUAACAGCAGUCAUGGAAUACUGAAUAAUAUCUCUUUGAGUGGAAAAACUGACACUAUCACAGUGAGCAAAGUCAGCAAUCAUCUUAUCAUGCGUAGCCAAGGAUCUUACCUAUAUUUGAAGCUGACCCUGGAUUUGUUUGAAAAGGGUCAUUUAGUCAUUAAGAGUGCAAGUUACAAGGUAGUUCCAGUAUCCUUGUCUGAACUGUAUCUGCUGCAAUGCAACAUGAGGUUUCGAACACACACUUCAUUUGCAAAGGCCCUUCCUGUGUUGAAUGUGGCCUUGGCAUCCCUUCAUCCACUGACAGAUGAGCAAAUUUUCCAAGCAAUAAAUGCUGGCUUUGUGAAGGGUGACUUGGAGUGGGAGGACUUCCAGCAGAGAAUGGAGAGCCUUUCAUGUUUCCUGAUCAAACGAAGGGAUAAGACUCGAAUGUUCUGUCAUCCAUCCUUUAGAGAGUGGCUUGUUUGGAGAGCUGAUGGUGAAAGUCUGGACUUUCUCUGUGAUUCAAGGAGUGGACAUGCUCUUAUGGCGUUCAUGUUCUCUCGCCAAGAAGGAAAACUAAACAGACAGCAGACAGUAGAAUUUGGCCAUCACAUCUUGAAAGCCCAUAUUUUCAAGGGCCUAAGCAAAAAGACAGGAAUAUCCUCCAGUGUUCUUCAAGCACUAUGGAUAAGCUAUAGCAGUGAUGGAUUGUCUGCUGCCCUUACGUCCUUGCGAAAUCUUUACACUCCCAAUGUGAAGGUGAGUCGAUUGUUGAUUUUGGGAGGGGCGAUUGUGAACUACCGAACUGAAGUCCUGAACAAUGCGCCCAUCUUCUGUGUUCAGUCGCAUCUUGGUCAUCAGGAAAUGGUAAAUCUGUUGCUUGAAUUUGGAGCUACCGUUGACCAUGUUUCUGAAAGUGGGAUGACUCCCUUUUGUCAUGCCGCAGCUGCAGGACACUUGAAUAUUGUGAAUCUUCUUUGCAAGAAGGGAGCAAAGGUUGAUUACACAGAUAAAAAUGGUCAAUGUGCAUUGGUUCAUGCUGCGUUACGAGGUCAUCGUGAUGUUAUUGAGUAUUUACUCCAAGCAAAUUGGACGUUAACCACUAGGCCACAGCAUUCUUUCAGGAAAUGUCAGGCUCUUCAGCAAGCUCUGGUUGCAGCAGCAAGCAUGGGACAUGCUGAUAUUGUGAAGGAUCUACACGAUCUUCAAGAUGAACAUAGAGUAGACAUCAAUAGUUGUGACACACUUUGGGGUGAAACAGCUCUCACGGCAGCAGCAGGCAGGGGUAAACUGGAAGUAUGUGCACUGCUUUUGCAACAAGAAGCUGUGGUGUCUCAUUGCAAUCGAAGAGGAAUUUCUCCAAUAUUUUGUGCAUCAAGACAAGGUCAUUGGCAGAUUGCUGACCUCUUGAUUCAGCAUGGUGCUGAUGUGAAUGCAACAGAUAAGCAGGGACGUACACCACUUAUGGUGGCUUCUUGUGAAGGGCAUGUGAACACUGUUGACUUCCUACUUUCGAAAGGUGCUUCCAUAUCCUCAGUAGAUAAGGAAGGAUUAACUCCUUUGAGCUGGGCUUGCUUGAAGGGUCAAAAACUUGUGGUCCAGACUUUGGUGGAGAAGGGUGCAGCAAUUGACCACACAGAUAAGAAUGGUCGCACGCCCUUGGAUCUUGCAGCGUUUUAUGGAGAUUCUGAUAUUGUUCAGUAUCUGGUGGAAAGAGGUGCAAUGAUUGAGCAUGUUGACCACAGUGGAAUGCGUCCAUUAGACAGAGCAAUUGGAUGUUGCAACACUUCAGUGGUGAUAAUGCUGCUUAAGAAAGGUGCAAAACUAGGUAAUGCAGCUUGGGCAAUGGCCACAUCCAAACCAGACAUCUUGAUCAUUUUACUACAGAAACUGAUGGAAGAGGGGAAUCUGCUUUAUAAGAAAGGAAAGAUGAAAGAAGCAGCCCAGAGAUAUCAGUAUGCCUUAAGAAAAUUUCCACGUGAUGGCUUUGGAGACGAAAUUCUAUCUUUCAGAGAUCUGAGGGUUUCUCUAUACUUAAACCUAUCCCGAUGUCGGAGGAAAACUAAUGACUUUGGAAUGGCAGAGGAAUUUGCUUCUAAGGCAUUGGAAUUAAAACCAAAAUCAUAUGAAGCUUACUAUGCAAGAGGAAGGGCAAAAAGGAGCAGCAGGCAAUUUUCUGCAGCUCUUUCAGAUCUACAAGAGGCUGCUAAGCUUUGUCCUAACAACAGAGAGAUAAAGAGACUUCUGGCUCGGAUAGAAGAGGAAUGUAAACAACUACAUCGAGCACAACAACAGAAACAGCAGUGUCAGCAAAAUAUUGAAUCUGAUAAUGAAGAGGAAUUACUACACCAACACAUUGAUAGCUCAUUGUUUGGGAUUGAUGAAGUUGAUGAGGCUAGCGUUGGACCACUUAAUCAAAUUCAACCUAUAUCAUCAAAGCUUCAGCAUUCUACAAGUCCAGUUCUGUUUAAAAAAGGACUUCAAGACGAUGCAAGUUCUCAACAGAAUCCACGGGCUGUCUCGCCACAGAAUAAAUCUAAACACAAAUUCUUUCAGGAACCACUUACACAGCAAGGUCUCAUUACUCAGCCUCCCAGACAAGCUCAAAUUGUGAAAACAAACCAGCAUAUGAUUUCAUUACAAACUGGAGGAAGAAUUACAAGUUCUCAACACAGUAAUAAAACUCCUCCACAGUUUCCUCCAGUCCCCUUGCCCAGAAAUAGAAAUGCUCAACAAAUAGAGCAUGCAGUUAAUAGCAGAAUAUUGUCUGGGACUUCUGGAGACAGGAUGGCUUCAGCUCAGUCUGUGCAGCUGCAGCAGAAUGAACAUACAAACGUGCCAAUAGUAGCAGAAAUUCCACUUGUUCAGCCCCAAGCGACUAUGGAUUUAUCAAAAAGUGUAGGUGAAGGAGUACAAUUGAAGUCUCCAGUUGUUUCUGGUUCUAUGAGCAGUCUAGCCUCCAAUAGCACUGUCUCUGACAGUGGGCAAACUUCAGAUACUCACCUCAGAAACAGCCUGGAAUGUAAUAUGGAGAAGUCCAACAUGAGUGGAGCUGAAUGCAGACCAAGGACUACACCAUUUAUGGGAAUAAUUGAUAAAACAGUAAGAUCCCAGCAGCAUCAAUCCACUAGUCAACCGAUUCGAAUGUGGAAUGAUCAAUCAAUAGAAGGAGUUGCUACAAAUGCUACAAUCCCUGCUGGUCAAAAUGUUCACUGUGAACCACAGUUUCCUAAAACUGUUAGUGCCUAUGAUGAUCAUAAAAAACUUCCAACUCUGGGUUCUGCUGGAAAUCUUCACAAUGGAAUGCAUUCCAAGACUUGUCAGACCACCACAAACUUGAAAGAACCGAAUCCAUCCUUGAUGGUUCCACAGAGUUCUAAAUCUCUGAUUGCAAGAGAUACACAUUCAAGUAAUAGUACUCCAUUAAAACCAAAGCGAUCUUUUAUAGAAUCUAAUGUAUAGACUAGACUGUUGAACUCUACUGGUAAGCCAUAGUCAUUAUCUUUGUCUAAUUUGUACUCAUCUGUAAGAUAAUUAGCAGUCUUUUGAGCCUGCUUUACCAUUCAAUAUGAUCACCCAUAUCAGUACCCUGUUUUCACUUUCUUCAUUUAAUUCUUAGCCCUAAGAACUAUAUCUAAAUUCUUCAAAACACUUUAUGUUUUGGACUCAUACAUGUUGGUUAUAAAAAGGUAAGCUUUAACUUAGCUGGCUUUUGCACUGAUUCUUGUAAUAUUGCGUUUAACACAAUGUAUAAUCGCACUUUAAAUACAAAUUAUAAAAUUGCCAAGUGCUUUUGCUGUAAUUUUUAAAAAUCUUGUAUACAGAACAUGCAUUUUUAACAUUUCAGUUAAAAGGAAGAGGAACACUGCAUUUUUUUUAAAACACCCAGCUGUUGGUCAAACUUCACUUCUAUGAUUUUAUGUAGUCUUGAAAAACUUCAUGAAGUACUCAGCUAAAUCAACAAUAUGUUGCACUAAUUAAAUGUAGUUUGUGUAAAAUAGUCACACUAUUACCAGUUUCCCAAUACUAACUUUAUUUAUUUCCUUAAACUAAACAGCUAAUAAUUUAUUCCUUAUAGCAUAUUGUAUUACCCAAGAGGAAAAAUUUCUGGUAAAGUACUGUCAAACAGAUUGUA